UCCACCCAGACCUUAAGCAGGGAGCUCCGGUCUCCCUGGCAGAGCCCAGGGCAUCCCGAGGGGACCCAGGAGGCCCAGGUGGGCUCCUUCUCCCCAGAGGCUCUAGGGGAGGGGCUGCCUGGCCCUCCCUCCCCACUCAAGACAGCCUGGAUGUGUCUCUACUCGCUGCCUGCCUCACUUCACCCGGGCAAGAGCGGCAGGGAGGCUGGGUGGAAUUUCAGGUUUGCUACGCAGCAAGUGGCAGCCUGCUCUCUCUGGCAGGGGCCCGGAGCCCAAGGAGCUGCUCUGCGGUGGGCUACAGGGCUGGGGGGGGGACUCAGCUCCCACCCUCCCCACCAGGAGCCCCCCCUGCUCACUCAGAAAGAUGCCCCCAUUGCCAGAAAGUUGCCGAGUCAGGACUGGCCCCUUUCCGUCUCCUUCAGCCUUCUUGGUGACCGCCAUCUGCUAACCAACCAUGAAACCUGGCCGGCUGCCCUGCCUCCUGGGAUGCUUUCUGAUGGCUGCAGCCGCCGUGGGCAGCAAGGUGGUGCCCAGAAUGACCUUUCAGAGAGGAGACCCCGGCCGAGAGAUCAGCGCCUUCAGCCAGGAGGGAAUCCUCAACUAUGACACUUUCCUCUUGAGUGCCGACGGCGAGACUCUCUACGUCGGAGGGAGGGAUGCCAUCCUCGCCCUCAAUAUCACCAGCUCCCCCAUCAGUCUGAAGGGGAAGAUCCCCUGGAGCCCCAGCCCGAGCAAAAGGAGGGAGUGCGUCUUCAAGAAGAAAAGCAACGAGACGGAAUGCUUCAACUUCAUCCGGAUCCUGGUUCAGCUGAACGAGACCCACCUCUACACCUGUGGCACCUGUGCCUUCAGCCCCACCUGUGCCUUCAUCGACGUGGAGAAUUUCACUCUGGUGACCGAUGCCAAGGGGGAACCCCUCCUGCAGGAAGGCAAGGGGCUCUGCCCCUUCGACCCCCGGCACCAGAACACGGCCCUCAUUGUGGGUGGAGAGCUGUAUACAGGCACCAUGAAUAACUUCCAGGGGAACGAGCCGGUCAUCUCUCGAACUUUGGGCAGCCGGACCAUUUUGAAGACGGACAGCUUUCUUUCCUGGCUGCAUGACGAUGCUGCCUUCGUGGCCUCCUUCAACGUCCCGGGGCCUCCGGGUGAGGAGAAGAUCUAUUUCUUCUUUGAAGAGACGGCAAAGGAGUUUGAUUUCAUGGAGAAGCUGACCGUCUCCCGGGUCGCCCGAGUCUGCAAGAACGACGUCGGGGGCGACAAGGUCCUGCAGAAGAAAUGGACCACCUUCCUCAAAGCUCAGCUCUCUUGCAGCCAGGCGGGGUUCUUUCCACACACCGUCCUCAAGCACGUCUUCGCUCUCCCGCAGCCGAGGGGCGGCUUCCUCUUUUAUGGGAUCUUCGCUUCUCAGUGGCAGAACGGGAACUCCGGCAGCUCAGCUGUCUGUGCCUUCAGCCUGGACGCCAUCCAGAAGGCCUUCGACGGGAAGUACAAGGAGCUGAACAAGGACUGCUCCCGGUGGACGACCUACAGUGGCCCCGCCAUGGACCCCCGGCCUGGCAGCUGCUUGGUGGGCCCCUCUUCCGACAAGGCCCUGACCUUCAUGAAGGACCAUUUCCUGAUGGACGAGAAGGUGGCUCCCGUCCACGACCAGCCUCUGCUGGUGAAGGAGGACGUGAAGUACACCCGCAUCGCAGUGCACCAAGCGCAGAAGCCCUGCGGGGCUGCCUGCACCGUCCUGUUCCUGGGCACAGACAGAGGCUCCCUGCACAAGGCGGUGGUGGUCGGCCACAGAGCCCACAUCAUUGAGGAGAUCCAGCUGUUCGAGAAGCCAGAAGCUGUCCAGAACCUGCUGCUGGUUCCCGAGAAGGGCGUCCUGUACGUGGGCUAUUCCGAAGGGAUUUUGGAGGUCCUGGUGGCCAACUGCAGUGUCUAUGCCACCUGUGCCAGCUGCCUGUUGGCACGCGAUCCGUACUGCGCCUGGGACGGGCGAUUGUGCCGAGCGGUUUGGGAGGACACCAGAAAUAGGACUGACUGGUUGCAGGACGUCGAGCAGGGGAAGGCCGAGGCCACCUGCCAGCGCCAGAGCGGGAAGGGGCGAGCCAUGCCAAAGUCGAGGAACGAUUCUGAUGGAGUCCCGCUGAAAGUGCUGAGCGGCCCCUUCAACUCCAUGGUGCGGCUGUCCUGCCCGCCAGUCUCUGCCCUGGCCAACUACUCCUGGACCUACCCGGAAGGCAGCCUACCGUCCCAGGAGGGGCUGACCGUCCGAGACCACACUGGCCUGCUUGUCUUCGUGCACAGCCGCACGCUGGGCGAGUACGCCUGCUGGGCCAGCGAGAACGGCUACCGCCAUCGUGUGGCCUGGUACGACGUGCGCAGCGACCUGCCCAUGGGCGGCGCCAGCAGCGCCAACGGCAGCCCGGAGCACCAGGCGGUGCCCGUGGGGGAAUGGCGCUCUUACUGGGUCCAGUUUGUGACUGUGACGGUCCUGCUCUCCAUGACCUUGGCAGUGGCCAUGGCGCUGGGCUUCUUCUCCUACCACGACAAGCUGAAGGCCAAAACCAAGGUGCAGGGUUGCAGUGUUCCCGAGCCCAGCAGGACUCCCGUGCAGGAGAAGGCCCCCCUCAACGGCAGCCAGAGCCCCCCCGGAGACAGGAACUACCAGUCGCAGGAGGCCACCGACGGGACCAAAUCCUGCUGCGUCCAGGUGGAAGGUGGGAGCCGAGCCAUGGAUACGGACAACAACCGCCUGAACUGCCCCUUGAUGAACGGGGAGGAGGCCCGCGCCGUGGAAGCCAUUUAACUCGGUUUCCACCGGAGAAUUUUGGGGACUCUCGGAUGAGCACAAAACGCCUGGCACGAUUUGUAGCGUGGCUCCCAAACACGGCUGGGUCACCUCUGGGGUCCGUUUUUAAACGUCGUUCGUUCUCGGUUGUGUUUUUGUACGAUGCCGCACCAGCUGCAGAACUGAUGCCGGGGAAUCCGGAUGGUUCUUCCUUCCCCACCUCCUUCGUUUCCGUCUUCCCCUGCGGAGCAGCCGCACCUCCACCUGCUUCCUCACAGCCCAAUCGGCAAAGAUUUGCAGGCAAAGCGAAGGUGGCCCUCGGAGCCUUCUCGCUUGGGGAGCUCCGAGGGGACGAGGGAGGGGAGGCCUGGGCGUCUUCUGAGGAGGAGAAUUGGCCGCGCAGGUGGGUGACUGACCCUCUGCCCAUCUCCAGAAAUUGGGCUGCAUUUGUUUUACUGGAGCAACGUUGCUCAGAUUUGUCGACUGGGAGGUGGGUGGAUUUCAACUGCCAGAAUUCCCCAGCCAGUCGAAGUCCACCCACCUUCUGGUGGCUGAGGUUGAGAAACGCUGCUUUGGGGUCCAGGGAUUGUGAGAACCACUCGGAGUCCCCCUUGGUAAGAGAACUUUUGCCACAGGGUCUCCGCCCGUCUGCUUCCAUUUUUUGUCCUCCUCCGUCUCUCUCUGCCACGUUCUGCCUUUUGUUCAUGGUUUUGGGGCCAAAGAAGCAGCUAUGCAAGUGGAUCUCCCCCCCCACUGUUCACCCCCCCUCCCUCCAGCUUCCCUUGCCCUAGAAGUGCCGUGUGCCCCCCCCCGGCCUCUCACGCUGCAUUCAGACAUGACCUUGGCAGCCGCCAAGAUCAGAGCCUUGACGCUUCCCAGAUGAAAGCUGGUUUUCCCGAAGGCGGGCGGCUCUGCUGUGUUUUUCUCUCCCUCUGCAACUCCCCCAGCCCACCGCCCUCUCCCCCACAUCUGUUUAUCAUUUUAAGAAUUCAGUUUUUAAAAGGUUUCCUUGGCACAAGGUUCGGCUCCCCUCCAGCCUCUCAAUGGCGGUCUCCUGCCCCCUUUCAGUCUGUGCUUUGCCCAGGGUUUUCGGGGAGGGGGCACCAGGGGUGGGCUUGGGCUUGAUUUUUGAACUUUUCGACAGGCAGCCACACUCCCUGUUUCUCCUCCCUUUCCUUUCAUUGUCCGGCUUCUCCAAAAUAUCUGCUGGGCUGGUGGAGGAGACGGCACAGCUGCGUGCGACAUUUUUGAGGGCAUCACUCUGGGAGCUGGGAUUUUAUCUGUGCCUAGAUCAGUGUUUUUUCAACCUCUGCGACUUCGUAAGAUGGGAGGACUUCAACUCCCAGAUUUCCCUAGCCAGCUAGCUGGGGAAUUCUGGGAGUUGAAGUCUACCCAUUUUAAAGCCAGAGGUCUUAGUUUCUAUUUCUAAUGGUUGCAGCUGCUGCCCUCUGGUGAAUAUAAUGCGAAGUGCACCUGAGCAGGUAUUUGGUCCCUGCCGGGCACUGGAGAAUUUUACUGCUUGGUCCCCACCGAGGGCACGCAGAAUGUAUUAAUUUCUAAUGUUGAUAACCCACACCACUUCUUGUUGGUUUCACUUAAGUGUUAGUUGAGUGGAAGACUCUUGGGAGCAUCUUCAAGGUUGCAGAAUGAGUGGGAGGGAGAGAAGGGGCCUGGGGAAGACCCCCCUCACUCCCGAAAGCUAUUUCAGACAAUAUUCUGCCAAAAAACCUGGGUCUGCCCUUCAGUGCCAUGCAAGGAUUAUUGCAAAAAAAAAAAACCAGUUUGUAUCUCGUCUGUUUAAAGAGCUACCCUUAAAAAUGUGAGGUGUGAAGAGGACCUGGGUUGCAAAAGCAAAAAAAAAACAGGUAGAUCAGCUACCCCGGAUCCUUAUUAAAACACUUGGUGUAUGCAUGUGUGUGUAUGUGUGUGUGUGUGUGUUUCUCCUGUCUCGGUGUGCAAGAGAGUGGUGUGUUUAAUUGUGGUAUUGGAGCAGCAUGCCUCUUCUGAAGAACAAAGUCGGUACUCCGUUCCAGUUUCAAGAAAUUAUCCGUCUUAUCAUCUCGCCUGUUUGCCACCCAUUUUGAGAAGGAGAAAGAAUAAAUAGAAGGGACUUUUAAAAAGGGGUCAGAUUGUUCAGAGGAGGGAAGGGAUCUAGGGUGGGGGGUGCGAAGAGCUUCCCCCCAAGGAAGGGCAACAUGGGAACAGCUGCAAAAACGAGAAGGGAGUCACCUGGUGGCAGAGAGAGAGUCUGAAUCUCAACUGGAUGU